GGUUGGCUUAAGGGAAACGACUUGCGCUUGUGUUCUGAGCAAUUCGUGGGGUAAGUUUUUAAUUAUUUAUCUAUUUAGUUCGCAAGUGAAUCAACCCAAAACCUUAAUUUCUCGGUCGAAAGGAAAAGAAAUCGACAAACUCCGACAGUCACUGUUGGCAGACUCCGCAACGAAAACUGAUUUUGUCUCUGUGUUCAAUUUUAAGUCUACUUACAAUUUUACAAUCUGUACUCCAAGGUUUGUGGUACAUUCAGAUGUCGAUAAACAAAUAUUUUGGCGAUAUUUUUGUGAUUUGAAAGAGCCGGUCAAGCACCGAUCGCUACUUGCUUUAGCUAAUAUCUCAUGGGACCCUCUGGCGUGAUGACGAGGCAAAGAAUAAUUAUUCCAUUUGUUCUAGGGGGUUCAAAUACACACAUUAAUGACUACCACAGCCCUGCAUUAUAUAAUAAUGGGUUAUAAUUAAAUUCAAAUGAGCAAUGAAGGGGUGAUUAAAACAAUUCUCAAAAUGCAUUUAGAAAUAGGUAAUGGAGGAUCAAAGAUCAGGAAUAAGGGAUCUAGCUGUUAUUAAUUUAGGGCUUGGAAUUAGAGUCUGAAAUUCGGAAUUUGGAUUUCGAAAAUUUGCCAGAGGGAAAUUAAAUAUCGUGAAUUUCUAGAGUGGGGGUAGGAAUUGAAAAUGAACUGAUGGAGAGCGGAAUCUGAGUCAUAUGAGGGUUGUCAGUAGUCCAUUUUACAGUUACUUGCUUGGUUGCUAAGCUUUUGAACAGGAGUGAGGCUAAGGGUGACCUUGUUAUCAUACAAACAUUGCUGCUUUUUAAAGUUAAAUUACCUUGUUAUUGUGUUAACCCUUUACACCCUAACAUCAGUAAUCAUAUUCUCCAUACUGUUCUCUGUACAUUUACCAAAAUGCUGACAAGGAGAAUUUGUUGAACAAUCAACAGUUUCCAUAGUCUCAUGACAUUAAUGUGUGAUUCAGUCUUAGGGAGUUUCAAUGAUCAUGACCAUCUUGUUGAGGUUUCUUCUGAGCCAUUCGCUAUCAAAAGUGAACUUCUUAUCUUUAAAUGCCUUUUUAUAAAAAGAUUAAAGACAUAUUCCACUGAAAAGACAUGAUGGUUCCAGUUCAAAUUCUCCACCCCAGCCAGGCAAGGUUCAAAUUCUCCACCCCUCAGGGAUGGUUGACAGUCAAAUGCCCAAGGGGAGAGAUGUUGAUGCUUAAAUUUGAUAGGUGCAUUACCUAGUGAUCUUUAAUCUGCAAUGCUUUGCUGAGAUGAACCUUCAAAUGAAUUGUAUUUAAUAAUAACUUAUAUCUGCCAUACAUACCAUAUGAGCGCAAUGAUAAAUGUGCAGAGUAAAAUGUUCCUUGUGUAAUUUUUACAGGUUAAGGAAAUAUGAAAUACUGUAGCACUCGAGGAAAGGUGCAGGCUGAAUCAUUUGAGGAUGUGCUAUUCAGUGGCUUCACUAGUGAUGGGGGAUUAUACAUGCCUGAGAGAAUUCCAGUUGUGGAUGAAUGCACACUGCAAAAAUGGAAGAGUCUCUCAUAUAUGGAGCUUGUGAGUGAAGUGACUUCUUUGUUUAUCCCUCCAGAAGAAAUACCACCAGAGGAAUUAAAAGGUUUGUCAGUUAACCUUUUACAUCCUGACAUCAGUAAGCAUAUUCUCUUGUGCUGUUCUUCUCCUAUUCAACUCGAUAUCUCACUUGUGUGCCACCAAGUUGAACACUCAGAGAGAAACUCCAUAUCCAUGUGUACCCAUGUGUUAUUCUCUAUUUAUCUAUUUUUCUUGUGUUUUAAAACAGCACGGUUUGAGUGUAAUUUUACAUGACUAUGACAGAAUUAAGUCAAUUGAUGAAAUAAUUUUUUUAAAAUUUAUGCAACCUGGGAAUUCUUUUUUGUGGACAGAUCUCAUUACCAACGCAUAUGCUGAAUUUCGACACAAGGAUAUUGUGUCCCUGGCAGCAGUGAACAACUUCCAUGUGUUAGAAUUGUUUCAUGGAAAGACAUUGGCAUUUAAAGAUUUUUCUCUGGCAUGUGUUGGGGCAUUCAUGGAUUACUUUCUGAACAAGAGAAAGAAACAUGUUAUUACUGUAGUGUCAACUUCUGGUGACACAGGGAGUGCUGCCAUUGAAAGUGUAAGGAAAUCAAAGUGGGUUGAUAUCAUAGUAAUGUAUCCUGAAGGACGCUGCAGCCAGAUUCAGGAACUUCAGAUGACAACAAUUCUUGAUGAGAAUGUACAUGUCAUCCAAGGAGAAGGUUCAUCAGAUGACUUAGAUGUGCCAAUGAAAAAGUGUUUUUCGGAUGAUGCAUUUGCAAAAUCAAAUAAUCUUUGUGUGGUAAACUCGAUCAACUGGUGUCGCAUAAUGGUACAAACAGUGCAUCUUCUAUAUGCUUACUUGAGAGUUUGCUGCAAUGUUGGAGACAUAGUGAAGUUUGUAAUACCAUCAGGAGGACUUGGACAUUGCACAGGUAAAUGAUCUUAUCUGUUAAGUCAAUCUCUUAAAUUGCCAAACUAUUCUUAAGCUCAAUUCUGAGAUAUUGAUUUUAGGAUCAGUGUGUCAAGACUACUCAACCUGAAAUACAACAAUUGACCCAUUUAAGUCCUUUGUUGAUAUUGCAUAAUUAUAUAAUAUCGAUUAUCUCUGAAUUUAUGAUUAUUUAAGUAUGUAAAUUUCCUCACAGCUGCCAUGUGUCUGUAUAAAAUGGGUGUUCCUCUGCAAGUGGUGUGUGCAGUCAACGAGAACGACAUUGUGCACAGGACCCUAUCAUUGGGUGACUUCAGUCCCAGUGGAGAUGUGAGGCAUACAUGGUCAUGUUCAAUGGAUAUUGAGGUAUGAAUGAUAAGUCUGACUGCAGCAAGCUGGGGCAAUGCAGGUGUAUAUUAUAUCAGUAUUCCCCUAUGUAAAGACGACCUGCCAUUUUGGAUUUUUUACACAAAGGAAUUAAGGUUCGAGGAAAGAAAAAAAUCUAUCCUGAAGGGAUGAAUGACAGGCUAUAGAGGGGAUUAUGUACCCCACCACCUUCCCUCUCUAACUCUAACUCAAACAUGAUGGCUUAGUGAGUGGUAACAAGAUUUUUGUGCUAAGUUGCUCUUCCUAAUAAAGCUGUCAGUCAAAACUAGCUUCUAUUAAAGCUUCCUUUUUAAACAGCUAAGAGCCUUGGCCCCGGUCUCUUGUGACUUGUUUGGGUUUCUCCAUAGUGGUCCUGCCCCAUGAUAAGAAUGUUUUUUUUUUUUUUUUUCGGUUUUUGUUUUUUGUUUUUUCUUUGUUGUUUUUGUUUUUUUUUUGCAGUAAGGCAUGCAAAGCUAGACCAUCCCUUUGAGAUUAAUGCUGAAAGAUAUAUCUUUGUUAUACAGUAUAUAUCUUUGUGUUCUUGGUUUGGGUCUUAGAACUUAGGUUAACCUAAAGUCACAAACAGACUUUGUCCAAGGUGGAAGAAGAUGUAGGGAAGUUAGGGAUUAGCAUGUUUUUGGAACAACAAGAAUUAGAAAAACUGCUCUCUAUAGUUAAAUAAAAUUGCAUAGCAGUUAAAUAAUUAAAAAAUGAUUCAAUAUCUUUCCACUGAUGGUUCAAAUUGUGUAACAUUCUCCUUUAAUUAUUAGAUUCCUUAUAACAUGGAACGUCUACUGUUGCUCUUUUCUGACAUGAAUUAUGGUCGUGUUGAUUCACUGAUGAGAGACUUUGAACAGAAUAAGUCACUGAUUAUACCUGAAGAUUUAAAAGGAGAGGUAACCUGUUCAUUGGGAUAAAAAUGUAAACACAACUUUGCAUUUGAUUAUGAUUUACCUAAACUUUCAAAUAUGAGUGUGAUCAUCAUACCUAACAUAAGAAAUUUGUAGUCUGUACCUUAAUGUGAGUACCAAGAAAACUUAUUCAUAAUGUGUGGAUAUUAUCGGGAGAAGUUACAUUUUAAUGACUUCCAAGUGUUGAAGGGUUAUUAAAAAUAAUCCCAGAAAACAUGUCGAGGCUGAAUGCCAGUAGCUAUUCACAAUUCUAACUUUUUUAUAUUACAGAUGUGUAAGGUCCUCUCUUCUGCCUCUAUGUCAUGUGACCAAACACUUAAAACAAUGAAGGAAUGCUGGGAUGAGAACAAGUACCUUCUUUGCCCACAUACAGCUGUUGGUGUCAAAGUGGUCUGGGACCAAAGGUAAUUGUAAACUGAGAAUCAUUAUAAAUACUAUGUUAAGUAAUACACCGUUUAUUAUCCGCUGAGAGGAUAAAGACCACUGUCGGUAUGAGGUCAGUGGAGUUGUGUCUCUUUGUGAACAGGUAGAAAGUACAUAUAUGUUUAGCUGCAGUAUCAGUCCUUUAACGGUGAGUACGUUGUUUGGUCUCGUCACUCGUGGGUAGAGAGUGCGCUGCGUGUUGAGACCAAACAACGGCUGCGAAAGAGAUUACUAAGUAUACACGCGUGUGAUUUAGAGUAAACCACAUUGUCGGAGUCGUAGGCAGAAGCGGGAAAAACCAACCAAUUGCUAUGUGAGUUCUCAGGCCUUCCGAGAGUCAAAAACUCACCAGAUCAACGGUAUUAGUAUUCUGCUUCCGAUUCCGCUGGUUUGAUUUUUAACAGUUGCUAUCGCUCUGUGCUCUGAUUCCUACUCUGUCGCUUAUUUAAACCAACCAUAAUACCACUGCACCAAACGUCGUUCAGUUUUGGCAUGUUAGCUACUACAGGUGUAAUUUGUUUUCAUUGAUGUAAUCCGAUUCCCCUUCCUAUUCAUGUUAGUGAUUCCCUGUUUCCAUCCGCAGACAUGCCAGUGAUCUUAAGACACCCAUCAUAUGCGUAGCCACAGCAAGUCCCGCCAAAUUCCCGGAGGCCGUCAGGGCUGCUGGUAUUGAAAUGCCGCCGUACCCGCAGUUGGCCGAGCUAUUCACCAGUCCCACAAGGUACACGGAAAUGAAGAAAGGAGAGGACUGGUAUCAAAUAUUGAGAGACAUAAUAAAAGAUAUUUCCCGCAAUAAACAUCACAACGAAAACAAUGGCACAGAAAAUGGGAGUGAAGACAGGUAGAAAAAACCGACUGAGUUUGGAAUUUUUUAUCAUUAUUUCAGUGACUUUAUCAUAGGCGAAUAUUAAUUAAAGUUAAUUUAUUAUUGUAAGUAAUAGAAUUGUAUUUUGUAAAGCAGUGUGCUUUUAUCACUAACCAUGAUUUUCAGUGAAGAAGACAAUUCCAAUGAGUGCAAUAAAAAUCUAAAAUCACUGCCAGAAUUGAUGUUCCCUGACUGUAUGGUGAGGUGUACAAUGGAUAUUAAAAGACGAAGCGG